CGGGCGCGCAACUUUGCAGAACCUCUCCACCCCGUCUGUCCUCGCCUCAGUCUCCUCUUUCCUCUCCCAGGCGAGAGGACCAGCGGAGGCACCUCUCCCGGGUCUUAGACCGCAGAGUCUGAGACUUGGAGAGAGGAGCCCGGGAGGAGAUACUUUUCCUCCCGUUUCCCCAUCCCUUCUUUUUUGCUCAGAGAGGCAAGCAGAGGCGCGGAGCUUUAGAAAGUUGAGUGGUCAGGAAGGUAGGUUCUUCCUUUUUUGCCCUUACCCCGAGGUGGGACUGGGACCUCCGGACCCAGCUUCUCACCUCGUAAGGUGCACCUUUUUCGGCUCUAGCAGCCAAUGCGCGUCGGAGCCGCUCUCUGCAGAGCCAGAGGGCGGGUGGGCUUCUCGGUGUGUGCCUAAGAGAAUGGAUCGUAGGUCCCGGGCUCAGCAGUGGCGCCGAGCUCGCCACAAUUACAGCGAUCUGUGCCCACCCAUUGGCCGCCGGGCAGCCACCGCGCUCCUCUGGCUCUCCUGCUCCAUCGCGCUCCUCCGCGCCCUCGCCACCUCCAACGCCCGCGCCCAGCAGCGCGCGGCCGCCCAGCAGCGCCGGAGCUUCCUUAACGCCCACCACCGCUCCGCUGCCCAGGUGUUCCCCGAGCCCCCCGACUCUGACCAAGAGCAGGAGGAAACAGACCUCGACCUGUCCCUCCCCGAGUGCCUGGAGUACGAGGAAGAGUUCGACUACGAAUCCGAGACCGAAUCUGAAAUCGAGUCCGAGACCGACUUCGAGACCGAGCCUGAGACCGCCCCCACCACUGAGCCCGAGACCGAGCCCGAGGACGAGCGCGGCCCCGUGGUGCCCAAGCACAGCACCGUGGGCCAGUCUCUCACCGAACGCCUCCAAGCUCUGAGGCUGCGGAGCCCCGACGCCUCUCCUAGUCGCGCGCAGUCCAGCACUCGGGAGCCCCAGAGCCCCAGAGAGGGGGAGCAGCCCGAGGACAAGGAUCCGAGGGACCCCGAAGAGUCCGAGCAGCCAAAAGAGGAGAAGCAGAAGCGCCGCUGCAAGCCCAAGAAGCCCACUCGCCGCGACCCAUCCCCGGAGUCCCCUUCCAAAAGGGGCCCCAUCCCCAUCCGGCGUCACUAAUGGAGGACGCCGUCCAGAUUCUCCUUGUUUUCUUUGAU